AUGGGCUUCCUCUCAGUAGCUCCAACGAGCUACUCCGAGGAACAGCUCAACAUCCACCUCGUCUCCCUAGCGACCCUUCCCGUGAUCGUUACCUCCCCAAAGCCCGACCUUCCUCCAGGCGUGCAGGCGCCCAUUGCACUAGAAGAAGACGACGAUGAUGACGACGACGCGCCAUUCUCGAAGAGCCUCCGGAAUACUCUUGCUCGGUUGACGCAGACUACGCCCCCGACGGCCAAGGAGGUUGCGCGCAUGCUCACGAGCCUCCAGCAGCGCAAACAGGACUUGGGCACAUAUACUGCGUCCAAGGUCGUCCGCGCAGCCGAGGCUGAGAUCCUCACGCGCUCCGUCAGCAUCAUCUGGGCUGAGGUACUGCGCGAGUUUGUUGAAAGCGCACUCGCACUCCUGGACGACGAGGUGUGGUGGGAGCGCUCCAUGUCCUCGCGUAUCGGGCCGCUCGUGUACUUGGUGCAAUCCCUACCGGAGCGCGUCUGGCAUGCGCUCGGCGGAGGUGAGGAGUCAGAGUCGUGGCAUGUAAAGGUCUCGAGUGUGAACUGGCGCAACGCGAUUCAGUUGCCCUCGUCUUCAAGCCUGUCCCGCCUGUUCCGGCCCCUCCAUGUCGGCGAUGGGGCGCAGAAGUUCACGGCCAAGCUGCAGGCGCUGGCCUCUCCGCUUGUUCUGACCAAGCGCGAAAUGCUGUCCAACCGGCAAACGCUUGGUACCGCCGCCGGUCUCGCAGCCAGUCACGUCGGCCUGCUUGCAAGCAACGGUCCAAACUGGUCGUUCCAGAGGGUCGGCGCCGCUGCGUCCUCGUCCGACCUCGUUGACGAGACUACGCGCAUCUACGGCAUUCUUGCCGACGUCCUCAACAUCAAACCCAGCGAGAAGACCGUCUCGUUCAAGGACGAAAGAAGCUCGCGCAAGUCUAGACGCUCGCAAACCCAGGCUGCGACAAAGGUGACUCCCGAGAUGCUUGCCGACGUGGUCACGAAGUAUCUCCCUGAGAUGCGCCAGGUCGUGCACAACACUCUGGAGGAGUACGGCCGCCCAUCUGUCUUCACCCGGUUCUGGUUCACCGUCCUGUUCCUCCCUCCGGCGCUCUACUUUGGUGCCCGGUCGGUCGUCAAGAACAAGGAAUGGAUCACUGAGCAAGUCUACAAUGGCAAGGAAACGAUCAAGGGCUUCUUCGUGCAGUGGGUCUGGGAACCCGUCGAGGACAUCUUCAACACGAUGCGCGGAGGAGGGGAGGGUCUCUCCCUCGCCCCGGAAACGGUCAAGGCCGACGAGGAAAGUUUGCAGCGCAUGGUCGUAGAUUUCGGUCGCGAUGUGUACCACCUGAACGACUCUGAACUCGCGGCCUUACGCGUCAAGGUCGAGUCGGGCGACAUGGAGGAGGUUCUCAAGGCGUACGAGAACGAAAUCCGACACCCGAUCAAGUCGGCGUUGUUCGGCCACCUCAUCCGUACCCUCCUCAUCCAGAUCCAGAAGACUAAGACCGACCUGUCAGUGGCGCUGCAGGGCCUUGACCAGCUCCUACGCUCGCAGCAGCUGACGUUUGCGUUCGUCGGUGUGGCGCCCUCGGUUCUCCUCCUCUAUGGCUUCUGGGGUUGGCUGCAGCGUCUCUACGCUGGCGAGGGUCGGCAAAAGGGCCGCCGCCGGCGCUACUUCCACAGUUUGCGCGACAUUGAGGAGCUCCUCCUCAAGGCGCCAGAGGACGACGCGCUCAUGUCGGACAAGGACCGGGGUCUGCUAAUCGUCACGACGUCGGGUCUGCGUGUAUGGGCGACGGGGAUUGGCUCUGGAGUGCGCCAGGCAUUCCUGGAUGACUUGCGGAUGUUUGAGGACCAAACGCUCACACGGGCAGACAAGUUGCUGGUUACGACCUCCGUACAAACCUAUUGUGGCCACUUGUUCUUGCUCCGACAGUCACUCUUUCCACAUCUACGUCCUACUGUACCGCCUAGCAUCACAUCAACGGUGCGGAUGGACACAUCGACAAUCUCGUUUUCCAACGACGUUCCAGACACACCGCCGCGUACGCUUUCGGCUCCCCACGAUCGCAUAGAGCCUGGACUUCACCACACGCGCUUGGCCGAACAGCGCUCACCAGCGACCAAGAACCAGGAGGGGGUCCAGAUCGACAGCAGCAGCGCCGUAGCAUCGCAUUCCGGGUCGCGUGCGACCCGCGUGAAAGCUAUCUCACGACUCGCAAAGAUGCCAGUCAAAAUCGGACGGUACGAGUACAUCUCAGCUGUGCCUGGGGCGUCGGGAGUGGUGCAGGCGGUACCACACUCUGUCAAGGUCAUCGGCGACAUCCACAUGCGGCCCAGCGAUUUUGACUCUGGCGAUGGACCAUCGACCGUGUUGAUUGUGUUCAUCCCGAUCCUCGUGGUUGCCCUCACAGUCCUCUUGGGAAUCCUUAUCUUCCUCAUUGCGCUUCUGUGCAUGAAGAGGCAGAGAGGCAUCCGCCUUGCCGAGGAUGGAGGACCUCUCGAUCUGUCCAAGGGAGACGGCGUUAUUGGCGAAGGCGGAGUCGAGGGCGUAGAACAACGAUGGCUUGAGACUUGCAACGCCGAUGUGCGGGAGGCCUAUCUUCGGUCAAAGGACUGGCAAGGCCAGUAUCCUCCUUCGUCUGUGCCAACCGACAUUACUCUGUCCCAGUUCCUCUCUAUCCAAGAGAAGGGCGUCGCUGCAUGGGCGUUCGAGCCCGACUACGAGGAGAACCUCUCGCUCUACGUGCAGUCACGCACCGAAAUCACAUUCCUUUCCGACGGCCCGGGUAUGGCAGUCCGCGAGGGCGGUGGCAACUCGGUCAUGGCCAACCUGCCGCUUCCCAAGCUUAACGAGGUCUACUAUUGGGAGGUCAAGAUGUAUGAGAAACCGGUCACGACCGAGGUCGCCAUUGGCCUCGCGACCAAGCCGUACCCGUCGUUCCGUCUGCCUGGAUGGAAUAGAUCCUCUGUGGCCUACUUUGCGUCGGACGGUUUCAAGUCUCACAACUACCCGUUCACGGCGUCGUCCUACGGGCCUCCUCUUGCCGAGGGUGACGUCCUGGGCGUGGGUUAUCGCCCCCGCACGGGCACUGUCUUCUUCACGCGCAACGGCCGCAAGCUCGAGGACUGUUACACGGGCCUGCAUCGCCUCAACCUCUUCCCUACUGUCGGCGCCAACGGUCCUGCCACGCUACACGUCAACCUUGGCCAGGCUGGGUUCGUGUUCAUCGAGGCCAACGUCAAGAAGUGGGGCCUUGCUCCAAUGACCGGUACACUGGCUCCACCGCCUGCCUACGGCAGCGAGGGUGGAAGCAUCCUCAUCGAGGCUGGCUACGGCACACCUGGCUCGAGCCAGCCGAACCUGAGCGGCAUCGGUGCACUCUUGGAGGCUGCACGCAACCGCGCGGUAGCCCACGGUUCUUCGUCUUCUACCCCUAUUAUUCCCUCUCGCUCUCUCGCUCACGCGCCAUCUACACCGCGCUCGUCGAGAAGGCAUCGCCGAAACCACUCAAACCUCAUGCCCAGCCCGUUACGUGGUGGUGACCACUUGCACCCUGCAGAGGUGUCGUCGUACCGUUCUCCAACCGACACCCCACAGAUCGAGGCGCGUGUACCCGACGUCGAGGACCUCGACUCGGAUGGCAGCGACUCGGAUACCGGUUCUGCCCGCUCGCCUCCAAACCCGCCCACACCCAACGUACUUGACAUCUCAAUGAACUCACUCCGUGUCACAAGCGAGAGCGGGACCCACGAGAGCGAGAACAGUGGCGAAACGGCCCGACCUCGUACGUUACAGCGCGAGCCAAGCCUCGGCCCGCCGCAAGACUCGCCGCCUCCCCCCGGCUAUGCGCCCCUCGACCCGCACGUCUACUCGCAGGGUCUGCCAGGCGACCUUCCAGAAGAGCUCAUCAACCAGGCCAUUGCGGCAAUGAGUGAUGUAGGUCCUUCAACACCGACGCCGGUGCGGAGCCCGAGCCCGCCCCCCAGAGGCCCGCUCGGGUGGCUCCGUGGUUUGACGGGUGGCGAGUAG